GUACGUGAUUCUCAAUUUCGGCUUGGUUGCUCUGCACUCGCGAACGAGACGGAGGACUCGAGCUCGUCCAUGGGCGCCCAGCUGCAUAAUAUGUUCACAGCCCCCCUCUCUUUCGUGAGCGCGAGACUGAUACCGCACGAUUUUGUGGCAGAUGUCACCAUCGCCGUCGUGGGAGAUACGGGCUGUGGCAAGUCUGGAGCCAUCGCAAAAGGCCUCAAGGCCUACGCUCUAUCGGAGCCAGCCACAAUCGUCGAAACAUUACCCUCUCUCAAGAAGUUUAGCUAUACACUGCGAGAGGGGAAACUCGUGCAUGAAUAUUUGCCGGAUCGCGCAUUCCGUGUACUUGAGAUCGAAACAUCUAGUCUUCAUCUGAGUGGCUCCUCCUCGUCCAACUCCCCUGUAUGGCCCGAUAUCGCGCCCCGCUUGGACGGGACUAUCAUUUGCUAUGACAUGUCCCGAAAUGCUUCCUUCACGCACGUAGAACAUCUAAUAAAGGGAUUCCGUGAUCUGAAGCUUCCGGUCGUUGUCUUUGCUUGCAAACGUGAUCUGAAGAACAUCGUCGCCGUCGAAUCGCAGCAGGUCUAUCACCGCAUCUCCGAAAUGGACGUCGGCCUCAUCGAGACGUCUAUCCAAGAAGACCAGGGGAAGAACAAUCUUCGCUUAGGCUUUGAUUGGCUCCUAUCAGCCAUAUUUCGUGCAAGACGGGCCAUCGGUGUCGCUGAGCAGAGCUAUCAAAAUCCUGCAUCUCCGGGCGUCCUCGUUUCACCACCACCAUGGGACAUCUCUCGCUCGGCGGCUGCGACGCCUACUGCUGCUUCUUCAGGGACCGGAGCCUACGCGGCAAAGUCGCAAGUGCCUGCUUCGUCUAACGGUAUGCCACGCUCGCCGGCGGCACCCACGUCCCCCACACGGGCACUGUCGACGAGCGACUUGCUUUCCUCCGACCACGAGAAACUGAAAAAUCGGGAGUUAGAACGCGAGCGGGGCAAGAACACGCUGAACAUUGCUAUUUCGGACAAUACGAGCUCCGGAUCAUUGCAUCUUGGCGCGUCUAUGACAAACGAUGGACUGAGCAGCGUGGACGAGGUGGUCGAGGAGCGCGUAGAGCCAAGGGAAAGGGACAACCGACCGGUUCCGUGGGCUACGCUGGACGAACUGCUCGACAAGCUACUAUUUUUGGCUGUUAGCGGUGACGAUCGGGAUUUUAUCUCACAUUUCCUGUUGACCUAUCGGAGGUUUGCAAGUCCUCGAAGCGUCGUGCUUGCAAUGCAGAAACGCAUGCGUCAGCUCGAUCAAUCGUCGAGCGACCCUAUGUUCUCGUGCUUCGCGCAGAUGAGAAUAUGCCAUCUCCUGGAGAUGUGGAUCCAAGAUUAUCCUCACGAUUUCCUCGUUGGGUCCUCUACCGCCGCGCUUAACGCCCUUAUUAAAUCCAUCAUCUCGAAGACUCACCUUCUGCACUACGGGUCCGACUUCCUACCGUUUCUCGAGUACCGGCCUAAGGAGGAUACCGACGCUGCCUGGGCGCUCAAAGUGGAGGAGUCGCCCGGGGAGUCGGACGAUUCAUUUAGCGUAUACGACGACGGAGAAGACCGCGCGAACGCAACGGGGCACGAACCUGAGGUUGAGACAGACUCACCCUCGUCACUGACGCAUCUACCCCCUCCGAAUGGCAACAGGAAGAGUUCGGCGUCAAGGAUGACCAGUACGAUGUCCGCGAGAGAACGCAAGUCGAGCUUGCCUCUGACAGCGAAGGAGCUCAGCGGGAUCCCAACACUGGAUGCUCCUGAGGAAAUGGUCGAUAUGACUCCGAAGCAAACGAUCAAAGAGCUCCUCAGGAUCUCACAGGAGUUGUCAUUCAUGGAUCCGAACGAUAUAGCGCAGGAGAUUACGAGGAUAGAGACGUUGUUGUUUUUGAAUAUCGAGCCGAGACACUGGUUGCAACAUACUUUUGUGGCUGGUAAGAAGACGUCGAAAGGGAAGGAUAAGGAUACAAUAGCCGAAUUCUCCGAGAUGUCGAAUCAUCUGGCUGAUUGGGUCCUUUCACUUAUCCUUUGUCACGACAAGCCCAAGGCGCGCUCACGACAGAUCGAGAAACUCGUUGAGGUUGCUCAACGGCUGCGACAUUACAACAACUACUCGGCUUUGCGCGCGUUCGUCGCCGGGAUCAAUAACGCCACGUACCAGGGCGAUCCAACGAUGGAGAUCUUCCAGCAGAAGGCGCCAGCACUCUGGAAGUCGCUUCAAUCGUGGGACCUGCUCCUUCAGUCCAUCCGGUCGCAUCGAGCUUACCGAAUGGCGCUGCGGAAUACGAAAGGUCCUUGUAUACCUGCUCUGGAGGUGCACGUGUCCGAUCUCAUUCGUGCCCACGAAGGAAACCCAGAUAGCCACCCCACUGACCCGACGAAGAUACACUGGGCGAAAUUCAACAUGAUCGGCAAGUUCAUCCACACGACAACGCAGUACCAGCAGCAGUGUCGAAGUUCAGAGGAUUACUUGUUCCCUGAACGUCCUGAGAUCCGCGAUCUGCUCAUGAGGGAGUGUGUGAUGGAUCCUGAUCUUCAACGAUCGAGGAUCACACCGCCGAGCGAUAGUGAGGAGAUGGAAGACGCCUCCAAGCCGUACCUUCCACGGACUCAAUCGCGCGACUAUCAAAGUGGUACGACACGAGAAGGACCGCUCAUCAAGAAACUUAUGUUUUGGGGUAACAACAACAACAACUGAAGUCUCUACUGUCACUAUGUUCCUCUAUCCACUUCUCUCAACACAAGUCACCCUCCCCUGCUUACCAUACACCCAGCACAUUCUAUGCUCCACAUGGAUAUUAUCUCUCUCUUCUCUCUCUACACUGCACAGCCCACAUCGAAAUCGCUCUGUCCGCUGUCUGUUUUGCUCUUUGCAUAUCUAACGCCGCCCUUUGUUUCUAUUUCUCGUGCGUCAAAGAUACCCAAGUCAUCUUCUUGCAUAUACAUCCCCGUUACCCCCUUUCUCGGCUCUCGAUCCUCCUCUCACUUCCACACACACUUUCCCCUUUUCUAUGUCAAUAACAUGGACCCUCACAUACAUAUCAUUGUCAGGGUCUUCGAGGAUGUCGUCGCCCUCAACGCAGUGCUUUUUGGGUUUGGCCUUGCUGGCUUCCCUUUUCUCUCCAGACUACGUUGCUCUAGCCUUAUGAACUACAUAUGACUGAUAGUCACUUUAUCGUUUUUCUUCUUUUUUAUCUUUGUUUGUACGCGUAUCUCCUCCUCUAUUUCUGCUUGCUCCA